UAUUUGAUACAUGCCUAUGGUAAUACUGCAUGUUUAUUCAAUAAAAUAGUCUUACAACCGUCCGAUUUAGAUGAUUUGUAGACCUCAUCGUGCAUCACACACCUAAUUUUCACUACUUUUUUGGUUCUUUUUUCCUCUUUGUCCUCAUUUUCGUUUCAGACAAAUUCAAUACAAAUCUUUGCCCUGAUAAGAAAUUGAUAUAUUUCUAUGAUUUUUUUGGUUCAAUUUGUUUAAUUUCCAUUUCUUAAACUUGUCAUUUUCAUCACUGCAGAACAAAAACCUCAAUUCCCCAUUCAAAUCCCCUUUCCAUUGCUCUGUUUCAUUUACACAUUCUCUCAAACACAUGGUGGGUGUUUCCCAUUACAACAACAAACAAUGCUCACACUAUUCUUUAACCUUCAAAAACAUAUCCAAACUCAAAAAUUCCACAACAAAACAACAACCUCGUACCUACUUUGUUCCACAUUCAAUCUCUUCACAACACAAUCCGAAUCACUUUCACAUGUUCCGACAACACAUGAAAACAACAACAUAGAUACAAUCACAAGAAUCAUCAAUGAUCACCCAUUUCCAGAAAAACCACUUCACCCAACACUCCUUCAUCAUUUCCCUCCAUCAACAACAAUCUCUUCUUCGUUCAUCCAUAAUGUUCUUGUUCGUUUAUUUGCUUCGCAUUCCAAUGGGCUCAAAGCAUUGGAGUUUUUCGAUUUCGCAAUUAAGAAUUCUAACUCCACCCCGUCUCCGUCUUCACUUGAAAUCACUCUCCACAUUCUCACAAGAAUGCGUUACUUUGAUAAAGCUUGGAGCUUGUUGCAACAAAUUGCUAAAACACACCCUUUUUUGCUUACUCUUAAGUCGAUGAGCAUUAUGUUAUCCAAAAUUGCAAAGUUUCAAACUUUUGAGGAUACCCUUGAUGGUUUUAGGAGAAUGGAGGAGGAGGUUUUUGUUGGUAGAGAAUUUGGUACUGAUGAGUUCAAUGUGCUUCUUAAAGCUUUUUCGACGCAGAGGCAAAUGAAGGAGGCUAGGUCAGUUUUUGUGAAAUUUGUGCAUAGGUUUAAGCCUAGUACUAAGAGUAUGAAUAUUUUGUUAUUAGGUUUUAAAGAAUCGGGUGAUAUUACUUCUGUUGAGUUGUUUUAUCAUGAAAUGGUUAAGCGAGGUUUUAGUCCGGAUAGUGUGACUUAUAAUAUUAGGAUUGAUGCUUAUUGUAAGAAAGGUCGAUUUGGCGAUGGUUUGAGGCUUUUGGAGGAGAUGGAGAGUAAGAAGUUUGUGCCUUCGUUGGAAACGAUAACUACGUUGAUUCAUGGAGCAGGGUUGGUUCAAAACACAGGCAAGGCGUGGCAGUUGUUUAAUGAGAUUCCUAUGAGAAACUUGGUUGUUGAUUCCUGUGCUUAUAAUGCUUUAAUUACGACGUUGGGUAGAAAUAAAGAUGUUGUAUCUGCGCUUUCGUUGAUGGAUGAGAUGAUUGAAAAACAAAUCGAGCCGGAUGGUGUAACUUAUCAUACACUAUUUUUAGGUUUAAUGAAGACAAGAGGGAUUGAAGGUGUGCGUGAGCUUUAUCUGAAGAUGAUUCAGAGGAAAUUUGUUCCUAAGACAAGGACAGUUGUGGUGUUGAUGAAAUAUUUUUGUCAAAAUAACCGGCUCGAUUUGAGUUUAAGUUUAUGGAAUUACUUGGUGGAGAAAGGGCAUUGUCCUCAUGCUCAUGCUUUGGAUCUUUUGGUUACUGGAUUAUGCUCAAGGGGUAUGAUUCAAGAAGCUUUUUCGUGCUCCAAGCAAACGUUGGAGAGAGGAAGACAUAUGAGUUCUACAGCAUUUCUAAUGUUGGAGAGGUUUUUGAAGCAAUCGCGUGACGUCGACAAAUUAAAUGAGCUUGACCAAAUGAUUAAAAAAUUGCAAAGUGUCUUACCACCAUCUAGAGGACAUGCUACUGGUAUUUCUAACUCCAACGUUAUAAUGUAGCAUCCGUUUAAUUUCAAAUAUAAAUUAUGUUGCCACCUGAUUUUGGUGGAUAUUUUCUGUAUAUUAUUAUUAACAUGUGUAAUUCUUUAAAUUAUGAUUAAAUGAACAGAUACUUCAUUAUACCCCCAAGUGACAAAACUAACACAAUAACAUUUUAU